AAAACUACCCGCAGUCCCUUGGAAGCUCUCUUCAGCACCAACACCUCAGCAGGCACCUCUCUUCUCUACCAGCUGACCCUGGAUGCCCUUGAAGAAGAAGACUACUGCCAUUUUGAAAUCAUGCUGGAAUUCCUUCACAACAGGGUUCACUUCCUGAUUGGUGGUGAGGGAACUUACUCCAUGUCUACCCUGGACUACUCUGCUUAUGAUCCCAUUUUUAUGAUUGUCCACUCUGGCAUGGACAGGAUCUGGGUUUUGUGGCAG